CCAACAUGUAUCAUUCUAUUGUACAUACACCGUUCAUACUGUUGUCUAUUUUUGUAUUGAAAGUGUGAAUGACAAUAAGAAAUGCCGAUAGAAAUCUUCUAACAACUUCAUCUGAUUCUGGUGUUUGCUUUUAUGGAAAAACGGCUGAACGAGUACUCAGCAUCUUGGCAACUGGUAGAUACAGAUCUUUAAUACCUUCAGAAAAAACAGUUCAGGACUGCUCGGAUUUACGCCGAUGGUGUAAACAAGAUGAAAGUGGGGUGUACAAAAUCUACCCGGCAGGUGGCGAUGGAUUUAAGGCAUACUGUGAUAUGAAGACGGAUGGGGGAGGAUGGACGGUUUUUCAGCACAGGCAAGACGGUAAAGUAGAUUUUUACAAAGGAUGGGAAGACUAUGUGAACGGAUUUGGUAAUCUGAAAACGGAAUUUUGGUUAGGUAAUGACAAACUGCACAAACUAACAUCUAAUGGACAUUACGAGCUCAGAGUCGAUCUGGAGGAUUUUAAUGGCGACAGAGCCUAUGCCAAAUAUUCUAACUUCUACAUUGGUGACAGGUCAACUAACUACAAACUUACAGUGAAGGGUUGCAGUGGAACGGCAGGUGAUUCUCUAAAGCACCAUAAUAAUCGGCCUUUCUCGACAAAAGAUAAGGAUCAUACCGCUGACUGUGCUGACAAGUACAAAGGGGCUUGGUGGUAUGGAACCUGUCAUCACGCUAAUCUGAAUGGACUGUAUCUAGGAAAUAAAAAGGAUACCAAAGGAAUGCGUUGGGCUCAUUGGAAAGCAACUCAAUCAAUGAAGACCACAACAAUGAAGAUUCGUAGAGUAUGAAAGUAACACAGUUGGUUAAACUUUUGAAAAAUAAAAAAAAAUAUUGCAUACUCUGUA